AAAGAGCGACAGUACUGAGCAGUCGAGUGCAAGGAGGAACUGGAGGUGCUGAGAGGCUGACUGAGGCUAAGCGCUGUCUGGCUCCGCCAUGGCUCCAUGGACCAGGACCCAAACUGAGCGAUAUGGAGUUGUUAAAUGGAAUUUCACAGGCAAAGGAGAGAAGCAGCUUUCUCUUGUGGUUGGUGAGACAGUGUACAUACAGGAGGCAUCUGAAGGCUGGUAUAAGGGAUACUUGACCCGGAACAAGGAUCAGAAAGGAGCCUUUCCUGCAAGCUUUAUUGAGCUGAAGGAGGUGAUUAUUGAAAAAAGGGGAGAUGAUGAGGUUGUGACCUCUGCUGAGAUGCCCCUGGUAAAGGAGGUUACCACUACACUGAGAGAAUGGGGAACUAUCUGGAAACAGCUGUUUAUGGCAAAUAAGAAGGAGAGGUUUAAGCAGGUGCAGGGUUUGAUGUGGGAUCUGAUGGAGUGGCGCUCUCAGCUGCUUUCUGGCACACUGCCUGGCGAUGAGUUUAAAGAACUCAAACAGAAAGUCACGUCUAAAAUUGACUAUGGAAACAAGAUUCUGGAGCUGGACCUGGUAGUGAGGGAUGUUAAUGGGAAUAUUUUGGACCCUGAUAAUGCCAGUGUCAUCAGCCUGUUUAGAGCUCAUGAAGAUGCAACGGCAACCAUCAAUGAACGCAUCAAAGAAGAGCAGUCUAAUGUCCAGAUGGAUCAUUCUGGAGUCUCAGCACGGAUCCAGUCCUCUCCCACACACAGCCUUUAUGUCUUUGUACGCAACUUUGUCUGUCGCAUUGGAGAAGAAUCUGAACUUUUUAUGUCUUUGUACGACCCCAACAAACAAGUCAUUAUCAGUGAGAACUAUCUGGUGAGAUGGGGAGAUAAAGGUUUUCCUAAAGAUGUUGAAAUGCUCAACAACCUGAAGGUGGUCUUUACUGAUUUAGGCAACAAAGACUUGAACAGAGAGAAGAUUUAUCUUAUAUGCCAGAUUGUGCGAGUUGGGAGAAUGGAAUUAAAAGACACCAGCACUAAGAAGUUUACCAAUGGACUGCGGAGGCCCUUCGGGGUUGCAGUGAUGGAUAUCAGUGACAUAAUCAAAGGAAAGAUGGAAUGUGAUGAGGAAAAACAACAUUUCAUCCCUGUUCACCCGGUCUUGACAGAGAAUGACUUUCUCCACACACUCUUGAACAAGGUGACGGCUUCCAGAGGAGACAGUGGAGGCCAGGGGCUGUGGGUAACGAUGAAGGCGCUGGUGGGUGACAUUGUCCAAAUCCGUAAGGAAUACCCUCACCUAGUAGACCGAAGCACAGUGGUGGCACGAAAACUGGGCUUUCCCGAGAUAAUCAUGCCAGGAGACAUCCGCAAUGACAUCUACCUCACACUGCACUCUGGAGACUUCGACAAGUACAAUAAAACCACACAGAAGAAUGUGGAGGUCAUCAUGCUUGUAUGUGAUGAGGAAGGAAAGAUUGUGCCAAACGCCAUCUGUUUAGGAGCAGGGGAUCAACCAGUGAACGAAUACAGAUCAGUCAUCUAUUACCAGAUUAAACAACCUCGCUGGAUGGAAACCUUCAAGGUGGCGAUACCUUUGGAAGAAAUGCAGAGGAUUCACCUGCGGUUUAUGUUCCGCCAUCGAUCUUCCCAAGAGUCGAAGGACAAGAGUGAGAAAAACUUUGCCAUGGCAUUUGUGCGACUAAUGAAGGAAGAUGGGACAGUGCUAAAGGACGGAACACACGACUUGGUGGUGUUUAAGGGUGAUAGUAAGCGCAUGGAAGAUGUGGCCUCCUAUCUGUCUUUGCCGUCUGAGCGCAGUCACACUGACGUCCACAAGGGGUCCACAUUGAUGAGGAACAACAGCAGCGUGGGUGGCCUGUCCGUCAGCUCACGGGACAGCUUCACCAUAUCCACCCUCGUCUGCUCCACCAAACUCACACAAAACGUGGGUUUGCUGGGGCUGCUUAAAUGGAGAACUCGGCCAGAACUGCUCAAAAGCAACCUUCAGGACCUUAAACUCAUUGAUGGAGAAGAGGUUGUCAAGUUUCUACAGGACACACUGGAUGCUCUGUUUAACAUCAUGAUGGAACACUCUCAGACUGAUGACUAUGAUAUACUGGUCUUUGAUGCCCUGAUAUACAUCAUAGGCCUGAUUGCAGACAGGAAAUUUCAGCACUUUAACACUGUCUUGGAAGCUUACAUUAAACAGCACUUUAGUGCUACAUUGGCCUACAAAAAGUUGAUGUCAGUGUUGAAGACCUAUCUGGAUGUCUCCAGCCGUGGUGAGGCAUGCGAGCCCAUUCUGCGCACUUUGAAGGCCCUCGAAUACAUUUUCAAAUUCAUCGUCCGCUCCCGCAUGCUCUACUCCCAGCUGUAUGAAGGAAAGGAGCAGGCAGAGUUUGAGGACUCCCUGAAGGGCCUGUUUGAGUCCAUCAACAACUUGAUGAAGAGUGAUUACACCACCACUCUGUUGCAGCAGGUAGCAGCUUUAAAGUACCUGCCCGCAGUGCUGCAGGAUAUUGAAACUGUUUUUGAUGCAAAGCUCCUCAGUAAGCUGCUGUUUGAUUUCUACACCUGUAUUCCUCCGGACAAACUACAGAAACAGAAGGUUGCCUCCAUGACUGAAAUUGUUAGCAGCCGCCUCUUCCAGAGAAAGGACUGCAGAGAUAUCCUCCUACCGAUGAUGCUUAAGGAGCUGAGUGGAGCAUUGUCAGGUGUGGGGGAGGGGCCUCAUGAUGAUAGACGGAACAGUGUGGAACUUCUCAACAACAUCUUGGAGGUGCUCAGCCGCAAAGAUGUGGGACAAACGUUUCAGCAUAUUCAGGACAUUGUGAAAUCUCUACUGAGGGACAUAAACAGAGCUGUCAUCAUGAUUGGACGAGAGCAUUCCCUGAUUACUCGAGUGGUAGCCUGCAUGACCGCUAUACUGAGCCAGAUGGACGAUCGACACUAUUCCAGCUACAUUGAAACUUUCGGCGGCACUAGUGACCUAGUGGACUUUUUGAUGGAGACGUUUCUGUUGUUCAAGGAUCUGAUUGGUAAACAUGUUUAUCCUUCUGACUGGGUAACAAUGAUCAUGGUCCAGAACAGAGUGUUUCUCGGAGCCAUCAACACCUAUGCAGACACCAUGAACCACAAAUUUCUGGACAACAACGACUUUGAAGUGCAGUUGUGGAAUAAUUACUUCCAUUUGGCUGUGGCGUUUAUUACCCAAGAGUCUUUGCAGCUGCAGCACUUCUCCCCAACGAAGAGAAACAAGAUCCUGGCAAAAUAUGGUGACAUGAGAAGGCUGAUUGGAUUUGCCAUCAGAGACAUGUGGUACAAGUUGGGGGUGAAUAAAAUCUGUUUUAUCCCUGGUAUGGUGGGGCCGAUGCUGGAGAUGACAUUAAUUCCUGAGGAGGAACUUCGCAGAGCUACAAUACCCAUCUUCUUUGACAUGAUGCAGUGUGAACACAACCAUACUGGACACUUUAGAAAAUUUGAGAAUGAGAUCAUUCUGAAGUUGGAUCAUGAAGUGGAAGGAGGGGGAGGAGAUGUCAGAUACAUGGAGCUACUGCAGACAAUUCUGCUCGAGUGUGCUCAGGAGCGUCCACCUCUUUUGGCGGAGGUGCGCAACUUCGUUUCUUUGGUGACCGGUCUCCUGGAGCGCCUCCUUGACUACCGCACUGUGAUGAGCGACGACAGCCGGAACAACCGCAUGAGCUGCACUGUCAAUCUUUUGAAUUUCUAUAAGGAUAUCAAUCGGGAGGGAAUGUAUAUCAGGUACCUGUAUAAGCUGAGAGAUCUUCAUUUGGAUGGAGAAAAUUUCACAGAGGCUGCUUACACACUUCUGCUGCAUUCAAAGCUGCUUAAGUGGUCAGAUGAGCAUUGUGCACCUCAGCUGGACAUCCAGGGUCCUCAGUCCCAACGGCAGCUCAAAGAGACGCUCUAUGACACCAUCAUCUCCUACUUUGACAAGGGCAAGAUGUGGGAAGAAGCCAUUGCUCUGUGCAAAGAGCUUUCUGAUCAGUAUGAGCUGGAAGUCUUUGACUAUGAGCUGCUUGGACAGAACCUGAAACAACAGGCAAAGUUCUAUGAGAACAUCAUGAAGAUUCUUCGUCCUAAACCUGAUUACUUUGCUGUGGGAUACUAUGGCAGUGGCUUCCCCCAAUUCCUGCGGAAUAAAGUGUUUAUUCACCGUGGUAAGGAGUACGAACGCAGAGAGGAUUUUCAGGGCCAACUGAUGAGCCAGUUCCCUAGUUCUCUCAGACUCAACACCACCACCAUGCCUGGAGACGACAUCAAGAAUUCACCUCAGCAGUACAUCCAGUGCUUCACGGUUCAGCCUGUCUUGGAGAUUCCACCUCGUCUGAAGAACAAGCCAGUUCCAGAUCAGAUCAUCAACUUCUAUAAGUCGAACUACGUCCAGAAAUUCCAGUACUCCCGGCCAGUGAGGAAGGGCAAAGUGGACCCAGACAACGAGUUUGCUUCAAUGUGGAUUGAGCGUACCACUUUCAACACUGCAUACAAGUUGCCAGGGAUUCUACGCUGGUUUGAGGCUACAAGUAUGACUCAUACAACGGUGAGUCCCCUGGAGAACGCUAUAGAGACGAUGGGCAACACCAAUGAGAAAAUCCUUACCAUGAUUAAUCAAUACCAGUGUGAUGAGACCCUCCCAAUAAACCCCCUCUCCAUGCUGCUCAACGGCAUUGUGGAUCCUGCUGUUAUGGGUGGAUUUGCCAAGUAUGAGAAGGCGUUCUUCACAGAUGAGUACACACAAGAGCAUCCAGAGGACAAAGAAAAGCUGUUCCGCCUCAAAGAUCUCAUUGCGUGGCAGAUUCCGUUGCUGGGACGAGGAAUAUCUCUUCAUGGGAAGAGAGUGACGGAUGACCUCCGGCCUUUUCACGAUCGGAUGGAGGAAUGCUUUAAACAGCUGAAAAAGAAAGUGGAGAAAGAGUAUGGAGUCAGAGAACUGCCGGACAUGGACGACAGAAGGUCCACUCGUCCACGCUCUGUUCUUCGCUCCGUCCGUCAGUCCAUCUGCUCAUUGGCUGGAUCUGAAUGUGGAACCCCCACUAAGACACACCCAGACAGUGUCUCUCUGGAUGCUAUGCCACUCACUCCCACGUCCCUUCCCCAUUCCAGUGGUAGUAUCAGUGUGAUUGAUGAAAGUGGAGUUGAGGUGGAGGUGAAACUGAGGAGGUCCAAGAAGAAGAAGAAGCAAGGAAGAGGCAGCAUGAUCUUUAUCAGUGAAGAGAAAGAGAGGACCAACACCCUGGACUGCAAACGACUGUCAAAGAAGCAGGAGUUCCGCAGUGACACAAACUUAUCAGAGCCCACUAUGGAGAGCAGCCUAGCAAGCAGUAACUCCAGAUCACUGCCUACUAUUACAGGCCUAUCUCUGAGCGUAGCCAAUGGCAGUGAGGAAAUAGAGUCAGCCAGAUCUAGACGAGACAGUAAGAGCAUGUCUGUGUGCCUUCCUUCUGACCGCACCAGUGAUCGGCGCUCAAAGGGAGUCAUUAACCUGAUCUUUAAGUCUCGGUUGAGCUCCAAGCCUGAAGAUGGAAAAGCUCCUGACUCUUCCAGCGAUAAAGCAUCUACUCAUUUUUAAAUUGUGAAAAUCUAAUUGUUCUGUGUAUUAUCAGCUGUAUCUGGUAUUAUCAGGAAUAUUACUGGACUGUUGAAGGCAAAACUGUUUAUGUGAACUUUUUAUAAUAGUAGCCUGCAAGCAUGUACAGAAUAUGAUGGAGCUUUAUAUACAAUAGUAAAUGUUUAAAAAGUUCUAAUAAUGUGAAGUGAAAAUAUAAGAUGAGCUUUGUAUGAAUCUUCUUUUUACCAAUGAUAUUUUCUAAUAUUGAUAAAUGAACAAGUAAUUAUUAAUGCAUCAGCACCAUUUCAGCUUUUAUCAGUAUAAGUAUCUACUGUAUGUGUACAUCUAUUUUAUUAUGCAAGCAAGUAGCCUCUGGAAGGUUUGUCACAUAAUGCUUAGUGCUUGGAAGUAAGUAAUGAUUGAAGUAUAAUGCAGAAACAAAAUCAGGUCUUUAUCAGUCUGAACUGCACUUAAUAGGGAGCAAAAUUCACUGUUGUACCACAAACCCAAACAGGCUUUCCUGUCUGCCAGAAAGUUUGUAUUAAUUAUGGAUUUCUAUAAAAGUAGCAGAUGUUUUGUAGAUGAUAACACAGCAUGUAAUAAAACAUAACACACAGUUCAAAGAAUGAGUUUGAGGUAAUUGUGCCUCUCAGACUUUGUCUUAUUAGCCAGAUUGAUUUGAGCUUCAUGUGCUAAAAUAGGACACGAUUUUUAAUUGAUUGCAUGUUGACCUGGGAAUACAUUCUUGUCAUUUCUAUAAUAAUGUUUUUAUGAAAAUGUAUGGUGGUAAUGCUAUAGAUGUUGUUUGGUGUUUCCCAGCAUUAUUCUUUGUUUCAACUUACAGCUAAAAGUGUUUUAGUGGAUGUGUAUUAUUAAAAAUGGAUUAACUCAA